AUGUCAGCUUCUGUAGCGGAACACAGAGAACGAGUGGUAGAACACAUCGAAAUAGCUCGCCGAAUCUCCGCCCAAAAUAUCCAAAGAGCACAACAGAGAAUGAAGGAUCUUCACGAUCGCUAUGCAGAACCUACACAGUUCCAGUUGGGGGAUCGUGUGGGGGUGUUCUGUCCCAAGAACCCCAAAGGCGUCUCGAAAAAGUUGGCCCACAAUUAUCAUGGUCCGUACCGGAUGGUAGAAUCUCUCUCUCCUGUGCAUUGCAUUUUAAGGGCCACCGAUAACCGCCACGUUUCCACAACAGUUCACGUACCUAAGCUCACGAGAUACAUCGACCCUGCUGAUCGUCCCAGUCGGGAGCCGCUUUUUCAAGUAGAUGAACCCUUUUUGGCUGAUAGCGAUUUGCCUACGGAUAGUUUCAUCUCAGAGGAUUUGAACCUCGAUCUCUCUCGUCACCAGGCCCUCCCGGACAGCGAUGACGUAGAUACAGCACCUAGUCCGGCUACAAAUGUUCUCCCGGUUUCUGCUGCUAGUCCGGUCCGUCCUCCUUCCUCCUUAGCGCCUACACUGUCAGGCUUUAGUUCCACACCUACUCCAGUCGCUUCAGAGCCCGCGGUGUCUUUGGCUUCAGCCUCUCGACUACUGGCCGAUUCCGAUGGCGCUCCUACGGACCUUGCUGUUGACUGCUCUACUGUUAACCAAGGUUAACGCAUCAUGCGACAUCGCAUACGCAACGGAAAACCACAGUUUCUCCUAAAAUGGUCGGGAUUUCCCCACGACCAGAACACAUGGGAGCCACGUGAGCAUUUACUUGAUGAUCGCCUACUAAAGGAUUAUCUCAAACGAAAUCCUGGUGCUAAACGUGUUCUCGAUCCGGACCCACACUACAAUCCUCCUGUCGCUGCCAUGUCCUCUUCUCCCUGUACCGAGGCGUCCUCUGUCGUCGCUUUCCUGACAUUAGAGAUUGAUAGCACGUGUUGUGACAAACACUUGUCGCUGUGCUUGCUAAAUGCUCGUUCUGUUAAAAAUAAGACCGCUGACCUUUUUGAUUAUAUAUGCGACUCUAAGGCUGACCUUGUUGCGAUCACUGAGACUUGGCAGACUACUGACGACGCGGUUGUGCGAGCUGAAUUGUGCCCGGUCGAAUACAAAAUUUCUGAUCGCCCACGCACUGGUCGUCGUGGUGGCGGAGUGGCCUUGAUAUACCUUUGAAUACUCCGAACGGACAAUCUCAUCACCUUCGCUCAAUCUUCGGCUUGUCCUUCUUUAUCGUCCACCUUAUUCAGCUGAUCACAGAGUCUCAACUAAUGAUUUCUUCACGGAGUUCUCUACCUACCUAGAAUCCAUACUUCUCUCCAAAGAGCAUCUUGUGAUUGCUGGUGACUUUAAUAUCCACGUCGAUGUCCCCCAUGAUCCUGACUCAGUCAAACUACUUGAUCUUUUACAGUCUGUUGGCCUCCAGCAACAAAUCACUGAGCCUACGCAAAUUCAGGGUCACACACUUGAUCUCGUUAUCACCCGUUCCAGAGAUGAUAUCUUAAAUAAGGUCCCUGUAGUUGAUCGCUUUAUCUCUGACCACGCAUCUGUUUAUUUUACACUUCAGCCCGACAGACCUUGCAUGACUACUAUGAACGUUGUCUACAGAAAGCUGAAAUCCGUCGAUCUUGAAUCUCUUAAGCGGGACUUAUCUGACUCCUUGUUAUGUAGUGAUCCACCGGAUCUGCAAGUGCAUCUUCACUCAGAAGAUCCACGUGACCUGGAUGCUCUUGUACGCAGAUACAACACUACACUUUCCAAAGUAAUUGAUUGUCACGCCCCACUCAAGACUAAGACUGUGAAAGUUAGACCUGCAGUGCCUUGGUACAACGACGAGAAAAAGGCUGCUAAACGCUUGAGACGUAAGGAUAGAUAGAUAGAUAGAUAAUCUUUAUUUAUCCACGGUACAAAAUUCGUCAGCUUUAAAAAUGCCUAAUACUAAUAUAAUAAAAAUAUUUAAAUAAAAAAGCUGCUUUCCACGAAUGCCGUGCCUUACAGUUCUUUGAGUAGUCGUUUAAAUUGCCCAAGGGACUCUGCUUCCCUUAAGUUUCAAGGAAGACUGUUCCAGAGAAUGGCGCCACUAUAGCUGAAGCUGUUUUUGUAAUAGUUUGUGCGCGGUAAUGGAACAUUGAGUUUAUUUUCAGAGUCCCUUAGGUUAUAUGCGACUUCUCGCCUUUCAAAUUUAGAACUAAGAUAGUUUGGAGCCAACCCGUGCAGAGACCUGUAAACCAUCGCAGCUCUUUGAAAUUGUUGCUGGCAAGCUAGGUUUUUCCACCCUAGAAGUUUGAAAAGGUGACCAGCAUCUACGUCAUACCUUGAGUAGGUCAAAACACGGGCUGCUCUGUUUUGUAGCUUUUGAACCUUAUUCCGUAAGGUUAUCCCACAGUUUCCCCAAACAAUGUUGCAAUAAUAUAUUGAUAUAUUAGUUGUAAGGUCGCCUGAGGGACAAGGUGCCUUAUUCGUUUUAUGGCCCCAAUACCAGAAGCGACUUUCUUUGUUACUUUCUCGAUAUGGCCACUCCAAUCAAGUCUGUCAUCGAUGGUCACUCAGGCUGAGAGAACCUGGAGGAGAACGAGAUCUGUGUCUGACUUGAAUAUUUUCAAGUCUUACAGAAACCGCGUGACGUACCUCAUGAACCAGGCCAGGCAGGCAUUUUACACUAACUUUAUUGAUGAGAAUAGCACAGACCAUAAAAGAUUAUUCAGAGCUACCAAACAACUCCUUGCUAAGAAAGAGGAGAUUUCGUUUCCUAAUUAUCAGGACAAAUCGAAACUAGCCAAUGACAUCGGCGGCUUUUUCGUUCGAAAGAUAGAUAGAAUUCGUUUUGAUAUUGAUGGCGUAGACAUCAAUCCAAGCGCGCGCAAUGCGCUACCUCCUGAUCAGGAAGUAGAUGCUGCGCAUGCUUUUCAUUCCUUUCAACCACUCUGGGAAAACGACGUCUCUGCGCUCAUCCGCAAGUCUGCUAAGAAGUCCUGCCCGGUGGACCCGAUGCCAACUUCUCUGGUUGUUGGCUGCCUUGACGUGCUGUUGCCUGUUAUUUCACGAAUUAUAAAUCUUUCGCUAUCAUGCGGCCAUUUCUCUGAGGAAUGGAAAGAAGCGCUGGUUACUCCGAUACUUAAGAAACCUGGCUUAGACCCGACGCAGUUGAAUAACCUUCGCCCUGUCAGUAACUUGGACUUUACAUCAAAAUUGACAGAGCGCGCCGUUUUCGACCAAAUUCACAGUCAUAUGAGUCGAUUCGCCCUUUAUCCAACCUCGCAAUCCGCUUACCGAAAGGGUCACAGCACAGAAACAGCGCUACUGAAGGUACAAAAUGACAUUCUCAUGAAUAUGAAUCGCAAGCAUGUAACUCUUCUAGUUCUCCUAGAUUUGAGCGCAGCGUUUGACACUGUUGACCACAAUAUCCUGCUUGGUCGUCUUAAGUCACGUAUCGGCAUUAAUGGCACCACCCUUAAUUGGUUUACGUCUUAUCUUAACAACAGGUCGCAACGAGUCUCGCUAAAUGGCUUUACAUCUGACAGUUUUAAGUUUCCUUAUGGCGUUCCACAAGGAUCGGGGCCAUUGUUGUUUACCAUUUAUUCCAGCAAACUGUUUGAAGUCAUCAAAUACCAUCUACCUGAAGCACAUGCCUAUGCUGAUGAAACUCAGCUUUACCUGUCGUUUAGCCCUGACACGGCUACUAAGCAGACUGAUGCGGUCAUUGCCAAGGAACGCUGUAUAUCGGACAUUCGUACGUGGAUGCUUACGGAUAAGCUCAAACUUAAUGAUGACAAAACUGAGUUCAUGUUGAUUGGUACAAAACAACAACUUUCCAAAGUAAAUAUUGAUUGCCUUACCGUAGGAAGCAUUGACGUUGCUCCUGUCACUGUGGCAAGAAAUUUAGGGACAUGGUUCGAUUCUAACUUGAAUCUCCAGGAACAGAUCCACAAAACUUGUAAAUCUGGGUUUUUCCAUUUAUACAAUAUUCGGCGUAUCCGAAAAUAUCUGUCCCAGGAGUCUGCACAAACUUUGGUCCAUGCUUUUAUCAUUGGUCGUAUAGAUUACUGCAACAGCCUUCUGUUUGGUUUACCCUCUGUUCAUCUACUUAAACUGCAACGCUUGCAGAAUGCAGCUGCUCGGCUUAUAUCUAAUGUCCCUCGCUACAGUCACAUAACACCAGUACUAUGUUCCUUACAUUGGCUUCCUGUCAAAUUUCGUAUUGAUUUUAAAAUACUUCUUUUUACUUUUAAGGCUAUCUACGAUCAUGCGCCUGGUUACUUGAUCGAUUUGAUUGCUAUGAAAGAACAGCCGCGCUAUAAUCUCCGUUCAGCUACAACCAGUUGCAAAAGUACUUGAGACACUGUACCAUAUUUUGGCUUAAAUGGCCUGUCCAUGAUCUUGUGCUUGUGACCCCCCUCCACUCCUUUUCAAAGUUGCUAGGAAUACAAGACCAUGCUCAAAACUUGGAGGAACAACUUUGAAUUGGGGGGAGGAGGGGGGUCACUAUUUUAUCUCACAGACCUGUGACUAGCAGUGAUUUGAAGCAAGACAGGUUGUUUUUUCGUGAGAGUGUCUUAACAUUUUUGCAACUGGUUGCAUGAGUCCUUCAUACCUCUAUAGCCGUGGUGCCCGAUUAAUAAACAGGGUGAAACGUGGUGCACUUUUUGCACCUAAGGAGGUGGUUAUAAAAAAUAGCAUCUCAUUUCCCUAGGUUGCGUUUUUUAAAAUGGCGAGACAAAAACGGCAGUUUUUUCCACUUUUGUUUUUGUGGUAAUUUGCUCGAAACUGGGCUUUUAAAAGGAGCGCGUGGCAAAAGAUGCCACACCAUCUCGAGUAAGCUGCAACGAAAAGGGUUUUUGUCCUAACACGCUACAAAAAUACGAAAAAUAAUAUACUUUCUUCGAACUCGGGUAAAAGACGUUUAUUAAUGAAAGGAAAGUGACCUAAGAUGCCCCGCUAGAUCAAGGAGAUGGCUUUUUGUUGUUGAUUCUGAUAAGUACGUGGAAAUGGUUCCUCUUUUAUCGCCUGCCAUUUACAGGAAGGAAAAGUUACGCUAAAAAGUAGCUGUUGUGGACUUUAGUUUACUUAACACAAGUUUGGAUUUAUGUUUACGUUUUGGUUGUCUUACAACUUGGUUUCGAUUUUGAAGCCCGAGUGUGACUAGUGAUCAGAUAACGUGAAAAUUCACGCGCGUAUUUCAGUAACAUAGCCCCGAGAGCUCGCAUAUAACGUGGCCUUGUAUUCUAUACUUGGUAACAAAAUGUAUUUCUUUGCAAAAAAGAAGUCACUGUCCCCAAGAAUAGUAAUUUUCCACCAUAGCAAUGUCAGGAAUUUACGUGCGUCAACGGUCUACCAUCAUAUCAGAUAAAUAUAAUGAUAUAUCAUAUUUCUUACUGUUGCAGAAUGGUAGACCGUGAUUGAUGGUAGAUCGUCAGAAAAUAGAAACUAACUAAGCACAACUUUUUCUGCUCUCUAGCUCUAACGGACGUUAAUAACUAUGUUAUUUUCACUGUAGUAGAUGAAAAAAACUGAACGGUUUUACUUUUACAGCGGUGUUGAAAAAUAACUCACGCGGUAUACCGAUUACAUAACACCACUGCAUAUCAAAUGUCAUUGCGUUACAGAUACAGGGGUGAAAAUGGAAGUUUGGCAGCUUUAUUCGCAACUGUAAUAUCUCUAAUUACCAGGAAAAGGAAACGUAUGCUGUUAAUAUGCAUUCACACUUCUCAGAGUUUAAUCACCACGCCGGAACAGCCAUGUCACGGUAUAUAAUUAAUAGCACAUGCGUUACAACAAAAUUGAGGCAAAAUUUUAAAGUCACUACAUUCUUAAGCGCUUUUUUAUGCAGUUUUGCUAUCAAUGACAAUGAUGUGUCAGCUGGGAAAAGCAACAGAAAGUGCCAUUCUAGUCAUUUAUCUCGCUAUAGACUUCUCUUUGGGAAGCUGAGACGUGGAAAUAGCUUUUUGAAGUAAAACGUAAAUGAGACAACCAGUUGCAAAAGUACUUGAGACACUGUACCAUAUUUUGGCUUAAAUGGCCUGUCCAUGAUCUUGUGCUUGUGACCCCCCUCCACCCCUUUUCAAAGUUGCUUGGAAUACAAGACCAUGCUCAAAACUUGGAGGAACAACUUUGAAUUGGGGGGAGGAGGGGGGUCACUAUUUUAUCUCACAGACCUGUGACUAGCAGUGAUGUGAAGCAAGACAGGUUGUUUUUUCGUGAGAGUGUCUUAACAUUUUUGCAACUGGUUGUAGCGGUCUUAUCUAUCCUAGUUUAAAACUGAAAAAGACUUUAGGGAAUCGUGCUUUUUCAUCUGCUGCCCCUAAUUUAUGGAACAAUCUGCCCCUUCACAUCCGUCUUGAGGACAAUUUUGAACAUUUUAAAUCUUUACUUAAAACGCAUCUUUUUAGACUAGCUUUUGAUAUGUAAUGUUUUUUAACCUACUAUGUAAUAUAUUUAGUGUUUUUUAUCUUUAUUUAAUUUUUAGCGUUGUUUAUUCUUAGCCUUAAUUAUUUGCUCAUUUUGGCUUUUAUUUUCUUUUAACAUUUACGUGUUGUCACGCGCUUUUGAUCAUAUUUGCAUGGAAAAGGCGCGUUAUAAAUUUUUAAUUAUUAUUAUUAUUAUUAUUAUUAUUAUUACGACGCCCUUCUUCUGGUUACCCGCCUAAAGAAAACCGCUGUUAGCUAACAAUUUGCGUCAUGUACAGCUUUCCCAAUUGUCCACUACUCCCGCCCAAAAGCCUGGACCCGACCCAACUACACCCCAGCCCCCUUCCGGUGCAGUGUGA